GAUCAAAACAGAAGACAGUAACUGAUGAAAAUACCAAGAUCGGACUAAGACUGUGCAAUGAGGAGAAUUAGCGUAUAAAUACAUGGUCCACAAUAUUGCGGACUUACUCCUUGGUCAAGGAAUGAAUGUGAAGCUAAAUGAAAAUCACUUGUAGUGUGAAAGUAUGAAAGUUGCGUUAUCUUUUUGGGUUAAAUCUUUAGACUCAGAGGAAGAUUGUACAAAUGGAGAGCCUUCUUUGACUUAGGUAGAGGUCAGUGGGGCACAAACGACAAAAACGUAUUUGAGGUGAGAUAAAGGCUGAUAACUAGCGCGUGUUCUAGAGCACGUGCAUCCAAUGCUCAUUAUCGAGAGCAUUCAAACAAGAACCUUUAACAAAUGCAAGCCUAAAAUCCAACGGCUAUAUAAUAGCAAACGUUCAGUUGAAUGUAAAACCCGAUAAUAACAAGAUUGGCGCAGAGAAGCGGAUUGAACUAAGAGUUUAUAAAAGAGAAUAACUGUGUAUGUAGUGAAACCCCCAAAUACCAAUGUGGCAAAAACCCUAAAUACCAAUGUGAGAUGAAAAAAAAAAUUUCAAUAACUAAAGAAUGUUCUUAUGAGCGAAUGAUCUAUUCAUUGACUCAUAACAAGAAUUGAAAGUUAACCUGCUGUCUAAAAUCUCUCAUUAACAAAAUUGCUUGAGGCAUUUCAGAGAAAUGUACAUUGAUGGUGGCAACGUUUUGACGAAAAAAAGCGAAUGCAAUAUGGCGUCGUUGUGCUGUGUCGUGGCUUUUGUAACUAAAACUCCGUUUUGACAUCACACUCAACUAUUUUCAUCAUAAUCUAAAACACCAUCGAAAACGAAAUAAAUUUAACAAUUACUUACAAAAAUACAAAACAAGUUUAUCAAAUUACAAAAACCAACAAAUCGCGCACGAUUGAGAUUUAUUAGAAACACUGAACUUAGCCGUUCAGACAUGGUGAAGGAAUAGUGAAAUUCUGGAGAAUAAUUUCUUAUUCCAAAUAUUUCUAAGGAUUAUAUUUAAAAAGUUGACCUUUGUUCUAUUCCGUUGUAUACAAGAUAAUAAUAAUAAUACAUUACAAACACAACAUAUUUCGUGACUAUUCUUGAGAUAGUGCUUACGCGCGUAAGCACGGUAUGCUGGUGAGCCUGUUGAUGGGUAUUUGGUAGAGCGUAGCCACGUAAAUCUGAAUGUCGCAAAAACUUAAUAGACAUUUUAUUCUCAAUACUCAAUUUCUUUGAAUUUUAUGAAUCUCAAAGCGGAGAACUGGUCGUAUUUGGAGCUGUCUUCGAGAUUGAUUAAAUACAGAAGUCAUUAAAGAUCCUGGGAAGGCGAUUUGAAAUAUAUGUGCAACAAAUCUAUUAAACUCAAUACUCUGCCACAUGGAAACUGCAAAUAGUAAAAAGUUAUUAAGAAAGAAUACAUAACUCGUUGCAAAUUCAGAAACUUUAAAAAACGCAUUCCGAGGUACGGCGAUACUGACGAACCUAAAAAAGCAUUGCCAACGACUGCAGAUCGCCUGCAGUUUACACAAAAAGCAAUUAAAAUCCAUCAAAUCAAGGACAUAACACAAUCGUCCAGUUUAUGCGAUAGUUGCCGACUUUGUAAGACUUCCUGGUGCCGGUAGUACAUUUGCGAUUGUGCACACCACUAUUAAUUUGAAAUAAAUAACGUUCAAUAAAUUCAAUCCCAAACCACUCCAACUCCAACGAAAGCAUACUCCAAUUCCUAUAAACACUACUCCUUAUAAAAUCAUUCAUUUCAGUAAGUCCUGACAAUUUCAAACGGAAGCGAAUCGGCAAUGCAAAAACCUCUACAAGAGCAAAAGCUACACAACCAGCAACAAAAUAAAUACAACUGAAAAGAAAAGUUUUAAAGUACAAAACGCAAUAAAAAUAAAAUUACAAACAACAAAAGAAAAACAUAAACAUAAAUACUUACAAUUAAUAAAUAAAAAAAAAAUCUGAAUAGAAAAGUAAGAGUGUUGUGAAAAGAAACUUAUAACACAAAUAUAAAGCAGAAAACACAAAUUAAUAUAAAAAACCUUUCACAACAAAACAUUUAUAUAGGAAAUAUUAGUCACUGAAUGUGUUAGAAACAAACCAAAAACUUAAAAAAUCGUGGCUUGUAUUUGAACGAGUAUUUUAUGAUAGCCGAGUGCGUAUGAGAAGUGUAUACAAAAAAGAAAAGAAAAUACAUCGAUUCAAGUUAGUCCAUAAGGUGAAAAUCGCUGAAGCUGGAUUAGACUUUCCCCAUCUGUUAAGCUCGUUGUUCGAUUGACUCUCAUCCACAGCACGCACAUCAUUAGUCGAAUACCCGCCGCCCCAAUAAACAACAAACUCCCACAGCAACUUGCCAACAAAUAUAUAGACAUUUUCUAAAGAAUUGUGGAUGUGUGAAUACAAAGUUGAACAAACUUUAACUUAGAGCGGCAAAUUCAUUUAAAACAUUGUCCAAAAUAAAAUCAUGCAGUGAAAAGCCAACGAAACCGUGGAUUGAAAUAAAAUCGAUAAAGUGCAGAACUGAGGAGAGCUAAUAAUAAAUCAAAUGUGUGAAAUAGCGGUAGAGUAGUAUCUAGUUGACUCGAAUGUUGCAAUAAAUGCAGUUUAAUACAAACAAACAAAUGCAACGUAACAACAAUAAACUUAAACAUUUUAAAAAAUUAGUACAUAUUUGAAUAACUACAAUAAUAACAAGCAUUAUCUAUUAUCAACUAUUAUCAAUCAAGGAGCGCAGAAAUCGAAAACAGUAAUCUAAAAGUAAUGUUUAAAAAAAAAAUAAACAAAACCAUAUAUAACUAAAAUACAAUUAAGUCACUUUUACAUCUGAGUAAAUAAUAUAUUUUACAAUAAUACAACUGAGCAACUAAGGAUACAUAACUAGAGUGUAAUAUAUUUAAAGCAUCAACGAAAUUGUUAAAUAAAUUGCGUAAAAAAUGCAUUCUUUUUUGGUGUAUUAAUUAUAACAUUUCUCCCUUAAAUGGUUAAAAAAUAGUUUUAAUCGUACCAAUAAGUAAAAAAAAAAUCUAAAAGGGAGUGGUGAGUGGUGUGUCUUAAGUUGCAGUGAGCUUACCACGCUCACUCCAAACACGUCAAUCGUAAGAAAGUGAGAGGAGUUUGGAACCGACACUGAUUUAAGGAGACUGCAACAAUAAAUAUAAAAUAAAAAAACUCUUAACCAAGUACACCCAGCCUGUUUGGUGUAUAAAAUAAAUAAAAUUAAAUUAAAUAUUUAUAAUAAAGAUGUAUGUCUGCGCAUAUGAAUGUGUCUAGUACCUACUUACUGUGUGUGUGUGAUUAAUUAAACAAUAGCAAAACAAGACAAAGUAAAAAUACGAGAGUUUAUAAAAAAAAAACAACAAAACAAACAAAAUUCAAAGAAAGAUUUAACAACUCUGUGAUAAUUAUUGUAAAUUUAUAAUGUAAUCUAAAAACAAAUAGUAAGGAAAAAGCAACAAAAACAAAGAUUAUAAAAAAACAGCAACAAAGAAAAUUUUCGUUAAAUUAAUUUGAAUUAAUAACUAGAAUUAAAAGAAUUUAAAAAAAUGUAGACGUAAAACUACAACACAAAAUAGAAACAACUAAAGCAAAUGCAAAUGAAGAUAAUGAAACAUUGAAACAAAUUCGUGAUAUCUUAAAGGACUUCGAUACAUAUAUACUAUAGUAUAUUAUUAUAUUAUAUUUUAUAUUAAUUAAGUGCAUAAAUAAUAAGCUUAUACGCAUAAGCAAAACAGACUUAAAACGCAAAAAGUACAUAUAUAAAAAUACAUACAUUGGAGCAGCUACAACAGUUUAGAAAGCACCAGAACGAUCUGGAGCUGAGUAUGGAAAAAUGCUAGGGACUGUCGUAGUACAUGAAUAAUAAGACUUCGCUACAUUUAAAGCUUAGAGUAGUAGAUAACAAUAACACAAAACUUAAUAUUACCAGCCCAGUAAGCAAGCACUUAAAAAAUCAAAACAGUGAAUCGUCAAGAAAGCUAAUAUCAUCGGCUAAAGUUUAUCAAAUAAACACAAAGAGUUCAGUUUUUAAAAUGAAAAAAGAAAUAUCUUAUAUUUCACAAUAAAAAUUGAAAGUAAUUACUGGAGGCCAAUCAGGAUUAUUUAAAUGUAUAUAAUUAGUAAUCUUGAGAAUUGACAACAACUUUACAUAUGUAAAUAAUACAUCGUUAAUGAAAUUAAAAGAAAUUAUUAAGAGGAAAUUAAAUUGACGGAAUAUUAGGUAGCUUUCUUUAUACAAUCUUACAAAGGCGCUGUGUUUCGGCAUUUAACAUAUACAUACACAAACAUUCGGAAAGAAUAUCAGUGCACAGCCACUGCCUCGCUUAAAAGCAAUCAGCGAGUGAGGGUAUUAAUAAAUUUUUAAAAUAUAAAACAUAGAAUACCAAUAACUCAAAACACCCAUAAGGCAUCAAAAGCAAUUUGAUUUGUUAUAUUCCGGGCCGAUAUCCGCUUUCUUCAUUUGAUGCCAUCUGUGCUACUAGCGCAAUUAAAUUAGUUCAUUUUAUGACUGAGUUUUCGUCUGGAGCUUUCUUAUCAUAAGCUGCGUUAUUGACAGAGUCAAAAGUACGUUUUAACGGUUACUCCAAGAACAGCACUCAUCGACAACCAACGUAUUGCUGCUACCAACUAGAAGUAUUACUCCUGAAUUUAACAACAUGAAUACCCAGCCAAAAGGUUACCGCACUGGCGAAGAAAUCUACGAUAACAUUUCCUGUGAUGGCUUUUUCAACAUGAAUGCCAUGCGUAUUCAAACAACUUUCCCGCCAAUUGGCACUUUUACUUUGGAUUCUACUCUAGGUCCGCCACCGGCGCAACAACAAUCUCAACCGCCGAUAUCGCAACAUCCACCACCUAUUGGUAUUUUCGAUGCUAAUGAGGUUCCGGAAAUUAUACAAAAUCCGGCAACAAUUGGUGUUUUUCAAUCUAAUAGCGUUUUGAGUAAUGGUGGAGGUAGUGGUGGCGGCGGUGGUAACAACUCCUCGUCAAUAUUUAGUUCUCAAUCGAGUUCUUCAUCCGCUGCCAACGAUCCGAGUCAAGCCACUCGUGAGACUGGAAUUAUUGAGAAGCUUUUGCAUUCAUAUGGGUUCAUUCAAUGUUGUGAGCGUCAAGCACGCUUAUUCUUCCACUUCUCGCAAUUCAGCGGUAAUAUUGAUCAUUUGAAAAUUGGAGAUCCUGUUGAAUUUGAAAUGACCUACGAUCGCCGAACUGGUAAACCAAUUGCCAGUCAAGUAUCGAAGAUAGCACCAGAAGUGGUCUUAUCGGAGGAGCGUGUUACUGGUACUGUUACUACAGAACUUCGAACUGACUGUGCAAACAAUCUGCUUUCCUCGAACGAGACCACAGGACGUAUUAGCUAUGAAAAUCGUGGUGAGUGUUUUUUCUUGCCAUAUACCAAAGACGAUGUCGAGGGAAAUGUCAACUUACGGGCCGGCGAUAAAGUUAGCUUUCAAAUUGCAACUAACCAAAGAGGUAACCUCGGUGCUUGUCAUAUUCGUUUAGAGAAUCCGGCUCAGCCGGUUAAAUAUCGUGGCGUUGUGUGCUCUAUGAAAGAGUCAUUUGGAUUUAUUGAGCGUGCUGAUGUUGUAAAAGAAAUUUUUUUCCACUUUUCCGAAGCAGAGGGUAAUGUUGAGCUGCGUCCAGGCGACGAUGUGGAAUUUACUAUACAAACACGUAAUGGUCGUGAGUUUGCUUGCAACAUAACUAGGCUAGCACCCGGUUCAGUUAUUUUCGAAGAUGUAGAUACGACCAUCUACAAAGGACAGGUUUUGAAGCCGCUUGAUCGUAAUAACGCAACUCGGCAGACCAAUGAUCCAUUGCCUGGACGUAUACGUUAUCGUGCCGCAGAUUAUUCCGAAGUUGAAGUACCUUUUGGUGAUAAAGAUCAGAAGGGAGAUUUCACUUUACGCCAUGGUGACUGGGUCCAGUUCUUGCUAGCUACCGAUAGGCGUGAUCAAUUACAGCGUGCAACAUCGAUUUCCUUACUCGAUGAAACCUUUAAAGUGUCUGGUGAGAAGCGCGAGCAGGGUGUUGUUGCAUCACUUAAGGACGGCUUUGGUUUUCUACGUUGCGUCGAACGCAAUUUACGUCUAUUUUUUCACUUUACUGAAGUGUUGGAUACUAGUCGGGAAAUCGCUGUUAAUGACGAAGUUGAAUUUACUGUGGUUCAAGAACCUGGUGUCCCAUACAAUACAUCCCGUUUGCAUGCCAUUCGCAUAAAGCAUCUACCACCCAAUACGGUGCAGUUUGAAAUGCUAAUGGCAAGCAAUAUUGAAGGCUCUAUUACGCGUGAGGCUCCAAAGAGUCCAGUUAAAUCCCAGGACCGUGUUGAAGGCGGCGUGAUCACUUACGAUCAUGGUGAUGUCAAAAAGACUAUAAUGUAUUUCCUUAAAGACUGUGAAAAACCACCAAGAAUUGGAGAUCGUGUGCGAUUCGAUAUCUACUUGGUAAAACGAAACAAAGAAUUCAUAGCUGUAAACGUACAGCUAAUAGGACAAUUGCAACAGUUGCAUCAGCAACAAUUACAGCAGCAGCAGCAGCAGCAGCAACAACAACAACAACAACAACAGCAUCAGCAGCAGCAACAACAACAACAUAUGUUAACCAAUACAACGAAUCAACUUCAACAUCAAAAUGUCCACAACCAAAACAAUGAGCAAAUGCUACUAACCAAUGGUGUCGGUGUUGCUCCUGGCGCUGGUGUCGGAGUUAGCGUUGGUGUUGGCAUAAACGUUGGAGGUAACACCGGUGGUAUUUUGGCUCCACCACAAAAUGGAUAUUUGCCACUGGCAAAUUCAACUCAGCUGCUAUCCACACCAAAGAUAGAAGACUUCAAAUUGGACAAUAAUAACUUAACUAUGAAUGAACAUGGUCAAGCUUAUCGUGGCUUUAUUGCUGUUAUCAAAGAAAAUUUUGGGUUCAUUGAGACGCUUUCGCACGAUGAAGAAGUUUUUUUCCACUUCAGUAACUAUGUUGGCAAUCCGAACUGGUUGGAACUAGGUCAAGAGGUUGAGUAUACUCUUUCGCCAAAUGGUAACACUUCCGCCUCUGGAAACUGCUUACCCGCCGAGAAUGUGCGCACACUACCAAAAGGAUCCAUUCCACAGCCAGCUAUUUUAGAAGGAACUCAUAAUGGAAUAGUAGCUCGUCCGUUACGUUGCAUCAAUCCCGAUCAGCAGGAAUAUGCAGGACUUAUAGAAGUUUUAGAUGAAAACAAACAAAGUGUUCUCACUCAGCACGAGUUUGGAAUUACAAGUUUGGUCAAUAAGCGCGAUUUACUGCAGAAAGGUGACUUGGUCACUUUUAAGAUAGAUGAAAUUGGUCGCGCUGCAGAGAUAAAUGCUGUUCGGCAAAAGAAACGUGCAACGGUUGAUUCGAUUAAAGGACAAUUUGGAUUUCUCAAUUUUGAAAUCGAGGAUGGCAAAAAACUCUUCUUUCACAUGUCCGAGGUGCAAGGCAAUGCCGUAGCUCUUCAUCCAGGCGAUACAGUUGAAUUUUCAGUUGUUACCAAUCAGCGUAACGGUAAAUCAUCAGCUUGCAACGUACUGAAGAUUAAUGAUCGCCCAGACCGUUUAAUAUCCCGUUUGAAACUGAAUGCAGACGAUACUGUGCCACGAUUGAUCAUCACUCGUGCACCACGGGGACCACAAAGCAAAGGUUUCUUACCACAAGCACGUAUUGCUCGCAUUCCAGGCAUUAUAAUUGAAUAAUUAGUAACAAUAGACAAAACAAAAACUGGAAUUCUGCAAAGUUCCAUGAUUAAAUACCCGUAACACCGCAUGGAAAACUGAAUAAAAACUUGGGUGCAGGAGUAGCGAGGAGAAGGAACCAUACAAAUAUAUAUAUAAAAACUUAUUAUGUAUAUAAUGGCAGUGCGUCAAGUAAAAGGAUUGAAAGUAAAGCAAAGCUUGAGGCCACAUCUCUUCCUCAGAAAAGAAAAUAAAUAAAGCACAUACAUUUAUUAAUGUGAA